UGAGUGAAAACGCAGAGUUUUAUUGUUUAAGAGAACUAGAGGAAGGCAAACCGAGAGAAAAGAAGUGAAGUGAGGCAGAGAGCAGAGAAGAAAAGGAGCUGCUGCUGUAGGAGAAGAAAUAAAAUUCCAGUCGUUUUCUUCUUCAUUUCGUGCUGCACAAGGGCGUUGUUCUAGAGACACUAUUCUUAUUUGCCUCUCUUUUAUUCUCUCUUGUAUUUGUGAGUGUGAACUUGCCUUCAAAUGGUCAUUUCUGAAGUCACUCCUUUCUUAUUUGCCAUAGGCAUCUAAGUUGUCUAAUUAAUAUGCCCUCUUCCUUAAUUUCGAUAAAUUCCUAUUGGAUUGAAUGCCUCUUCCCUUCCUCCUAAUAUUCUCUCUCACUAUGUCUAGAGUAAGUCUCCUAUUUGCUGCACACAUAGCCCUUCUCCUUCUCCUUGUUCCUCCUUCCUUCUGUGCCCUUUGUGGCAAUAUCAACAUAACGAAUCCAUUUCAAUUAAAUGGAGACCGUCAAAACUGUAGCUACGGGUACAGCACUUUUGACUACAACACUUUUGAGCUAUAUUGUGAGGAAAAUGUUACAGUAAUAUGCUUGUAUUCGGGAAAGUAUUACGUAAAGGCGAUCAAUUACAGUGACUGGACAAUCCGAGUUGUGGAUGCUGGUGUUCAGAAGAAAGACAACUACUUCUCCAACCCACUUUACUCUUUAACCUCCUACAACCUUAGUGCUCGUGGAGAUCCUUUUUCAUCUAUUUUUUAUAAUAGCGACAAAGAUAUUCUAGAACUCCGACUGUAUAGUCUAGCGAUACGUGAAGUGUCUAUAAUUUUUAUCAGCUGUGCAAAUCCAAUGCAUUCUCCUCGCCUUGUUGAUACAGCUCCAUGCAUCAACAAUUCUGCCAAUUCUUCUUUGUCCAGUACUUUAAGAAUGUUUUCUUAUGUCAUGAUUGGCUUGAAUGGCUCCAUAAUAAGUCCAUUCGAUUUGGGGGAGUCCUGCAAAAUAACACAAAUGGUUGUGGUGUCACCUUCAACAUCUACAGAUCUGCACCGGAACUUGUCCUGUGAAGGUAUAUAUAAUGAAAUAGCGCACGGCUUUGAGCUCUCAUGGUUUAACGCUUCAUGUUCCUUAAAAUGUGGAAUUGGGGCAAACUGUAGGGCCAACGAGGGUAAAAUCGAAUGCCCUUCAAAAGAACAUUUGUACAAGGAGAUCUUACGGGGCAUACUCGAUAUAGCAGAAUACCUGUAUGCCUUUGCGCUCACCCACAAGUGCUACAAUGUCCGCCUUCAGUGGAUGAUUCCAUUAACCUGUGUAAUCUCUUACCUAGGAAUAUUGCACACAGUCAUAUGCGUGUUUGGCUUUCCCUGUGCAACUGCAUUAAUGAUAUACAAAUGGAAAAGGAGCUCGUGCUAG